AUGGCGCUGAUUGUCGACAAACACCGACCCAAGUCGCUCGAUAGCCUAACAUAUCACGAGGAGCUAUCCGAACGAUUGCGCUCACUGGCCCAAAGCGGCGAUUUCCCCCACCUCCUCGUCUACGGGCCCUCCGGGGCAGGCAAAAAGACACGAAUUGUCGCAACUCUGAAGGAAUUGUACGGCCCCGGUGUAGAGAAGAUUAAGAUCGAUGCCCGCGUCUUCCAGACCAGCAGCAACCGCAAGCUCGAAUUCAAUAUCGUCUCCUCUGUCUACCACCUGGAGAUAACACCUUCAGAUGUCGGCAACUACGAUAGGGUAGUCGUGCAAGAUCUUCUCAAAGAGGUUGCGCAGACGCAGCAGGUGGACCAGGCAGCAAAGCAAAAGUUCAAGGUUGUCGUCAUUAACGAGGCCGACCACCUCACUCGAGAUGCUCAGGCCGCCCUCCGUCGCACCAUGGAGAAGUACUCUCCCAAUCUUCGGCUCAUCCUCCUGGCCAACUCAACCGCCAACAUCAUUGCGCCCAUCCGGUCGCGUACGCUGCUCGUGCGGGUUGCUGCCCCCACCCACCAAGAGAUCUGCGACGUGCUCGCUGUGUCUGCGAAGAAGGAAGGCUGGCUAGUCGUCAAAGGCCUGCACCAGAGAAUUGCCGAAGAGAGCGGGAGAAAUCUGCGCAAGGCGCUGUUGAUGUACGAGGCAGUACACGCACAGAAUGAGAAAGUCACAGACAGCACUCCAAUACCGCCUCCGGACUGGGAAGCACUUAUUGGCCAGAUUGCCAAGGAGAUCAUAGAGGAGCACACGCCAGCGCGGAUUCUCCAAGUCCGGUCCAAACUCUACGACCUGCUCACUCACUGCAUACCGCCAACCAUCAUCCUUAAGACACUCACCUUCAAGCUCAUCCCCCAGAUUGAUGACGGACUCAAAGCAGACGUCAUCAGGUGGUCUGCCUUUUACGAGCACAGGAUCAAAACAGGAACAAAGGUCAUUUUCCAUCUGGAGGCGUUUGUAGCGAAGUUUAUGCGGAUACUCGAAAUGUAUCUGAUGAGCAUGGACUUGUGA